AUCGCAAGCAACGAGCACGAAACAAUUCACAGCUCCACGGACAGCUCACACCCAUACGAUCGAGCUCGCAAGUCAAUCAAGCAGAUACGGAGGACGAGGGAGGAAAGCACAACAUCAUGUCCAGUUCGCACACCAGCCUCAGCGCAGCGGCCGACGACCGCAAAGCGCGACUCGCCAAGUUCAAGAACCUGAAGAGGAAGCAGCCCAUCGACGAAGUCGCCGCCCCAGAGUCCGAACGCUCGUCGGCACCACCAGAAGAACCCGACGUCGCCAAACUGCACCUGUCCGGACGCAACUAUGACCCCGAAACCCGCGGACCAAAGCUCGGUUUCGAGGCACCGCCGAUACAAGACCUCGACAAGCCGACGCUGGAGGAGCAGGCAGCGGAGGUCGAGGCAGAAGUGAAGCGCAAAGCGGCCGAAGACGCGGCUGACGACAAGGGAAUCGACCUGUUUAAACUCCAACCAAAAAAGCCGAACUGGGACCUGAAGAGGGAUCUGGACAAAAAGUUGGAAAUACUCAAUGUGAGAACAGACAACGCCAUCGCCAAGCUGGUACGAGAGAGGAUCGCAAACGCACAAAAGGCCGAAAUCAAGUCCAAAGAAGCCGGAGUGGAGGGCGCGGAAGGCGAUGCGACGGGAAUUGACGGCAUCGCAUUGGUGGAAGGAGUGCGCGUUCGAGAGCGAGAAGAGGAGGAAGAGGAGCGUAGGGAGAGGGAGGCUGACGAAACGGAUGUAUGAUCUUGCGACUGGAUGGGACGGCUGACCUUGAGGCUGGACGAAGUCUACACAUCAUGAUACCCUUACCUGACACCUCUUGAGGGCCAGUAUCCGAGCAAUUGAAACUCGUCAAAUGUGUUUGAAUC